CUCUCUCUCUCGGUGUCUCUCGCUCGCAGCUCAGCAGUCAGCUCAGUGUCUGUCUCACUGAUCUGCUGUUUGUUUUCUUGUUGUUGUUGUUUUACUUUUGCAUCAGAGGAAACUUGAGGCUUUCGUCUCUGAGCAGGUUCUUCACCCAUCAAGAUGGACGGCAACUCGGCUAGAAACACGUUCUUGACCGCGAUAAGGUCCAAGGCGCAGGCGGCGCAGGAGGUGAAGGACGAGGAUAAGCUGUACAGGUAUAAGGGAGUGCUGUACCCCCGCAUCAUGUGUCCCGAGGAGAACCUGAAGGCUCUGGAGAGCGUGGAGGCCAGAGAGGACGACAUCCUGCUGGUGGCUUAUCCCAAAUGUGGUUUUAACUGGGUGGACGGGGUGCUGACGAAGAUCAUGGCGGCAGGAAUGGGAAAGCAGCCUCAAACCUUGAAGUCUCCGCUGCUGGAGUUCUUUGGACCGGACAUGUUACAGGUCCUGGACCAAGUCCCCUCCCCGAGGCUUCUGGGGCUUCACCUGCACCCCGACAACAUCCCCACCUCCUUCUACACCAAGAAAACCAAGAUGGUGGUGGUCUUCAGGAACCCUAAAGACACUGCGGUCUCCUACUUUCAUUUCUGCAACGGCAACCCGGUGCUGCCGUCGCAGUCCUGGGAAACUUUCUACCCUCAGUUCCUGACAGGAGACGUUCCCUGGGGCUCGUACUUUGAUCACGCUCUGGCCUGGGAUAAGAAGAUCGACGACCCCAGCGUCUUGAUCGUCACCUACGAGGAGCUCAAACAGGACCUGAGCGAGGGCGUGCGUCAGAUCUCCAGCUUCUUGGGCUUCAGCCUGACGGACCCUCAGAUCCAGAAGAUCUCAGAGGACAGCACCUUCAAAGCCAUGAAGAAGACCUCCGCCAGCUCCCAUGGCCGUCUGGGAGAUGUAGUCUUCAGGAAAGGUGAGGUGGGCGACUGGAAGAACCACUUCACAGCAGAGCAGAGCCAGGAGAUGGACCGAGCCUUCAGCAAACAGCUGGCAGGAACCAGGCUGGGAGCCCGACUCCACUACCAGCAGCACUGCCAGUAGGACGCAGGGAGGACGCACAGCUUUCACACAUCCAAGCCCUGAUGCCCUUAUGAUAUUCAGGUUUAUCAAGUGAUUCUGAUGAAAUCGACUUUGCAUGGGCCAUGAAAUUCACUUAGUGCCUUUAAAUGAUCCCUGCUAGCCAGCUUAAAUUAGUAUUUGCCUCCAAAGUACGGCUGUUAGGCUGCAGGACGUCCCAUGUUUGUUUUCAGAUUCAGUCUUGCAGGUUUGGUUUCCAGACAGGAGGUGGAGGUGCCUCCUCCGCCUCGUGAGGUAAACCCUUCAGCAGAGGAAUUCCCUUCAUACUGGCAGCGACCUGUAUUCAUAUUGAAUGCUGUUGUGUCGUGUUGUGCAGCUGCUGGGGCUGGAGGCAGACGGAGACUGUAAUCUGUUCUUUUCUGUGAAUCUGUCACAGAGCAUCAGAGGAGAAGACGAGAAGGGUGCAAAGCUUGACCUACAGCGCCAUCAAGUGGUGUGCUGGUAUAUAACACUGUUUUGGGACAUACACCUGUAUAACAACAUAUCUCCAGAGACAGAUGGAGGAAUUUAUUGGCGCAAUAAAACCGAAGAGUGGAAACAUUUUUUCCAACAAUGACUGGUGGAUUCACUUUUUUUUUUUUGCA